AUGCCCUUGUACAAGGAAAACCAUUUUUUAAUAAUAUAUCCAGGGUCGGAUCAUAUGCUAUUUUCGUUUGGGAUAAAGGACUCGUUAUCACCUCCACAAUUUAGGAUUCCAUCAAUUGUUUAUCAAAACUCCACUACCAAGGAAUAUUUGUCGUCUUCAGCAGAUAAUUGCCUCCCAAUUCAGCCCAUUCAAGACUCAAAGAUUACUGAUCUCGAUGCAUUUAAUGCUUUGCUACAAAUUAUUCUAUCCAGUAUCAUAAAACAACAUCCAGUAACCAUCAAUCAGAUCCCGGUAUUGAUCAUUGUCCCUAGUUUGACAUGGUCUAAACGUCAAAUAGAGUACAUAACGAAAUUUGUUUUUGAGAAAUUAGAAAUCACCGCAUUUAAUAUUUUGGAUUUAAGCCUCGCUUCCAUUUUUGGUAUUGGUGGUGGAACGGUAAACGCUACAGUUGUUCAUGUUGGUGACAAUAAUAUACAAGUAGCUCCAGUCAUUGGGUACCAAACAAUAAAGUACGCAGGAGUCUACAUUAAAGGCGUGGGAGGAAAAGUUUUGGACGAGGAGAUUAAAGAAAAGAGACCUGAUUUGAGUGAAAGUCAGAUAGAUGACUUGAAGUAUAGUGGGAUUUUUGAAUUUUUACAGGAAGGUGAGGAGAGCAUUCAAGUUCAAAACGAUACCAAUGAAGAUGAAGGCGAAUUCGACGUGGCAAAGAUUGUUGCAAAUGAUGAUGGAAAUGAAGAUCCUGACGUGACCAGCAAAAUUAGGAAAAAUAAGGAGCUAGAGAAGAAUUUUUUCAUUGACUCCAAUACGCAAGAAAGAGUUGUUGUAGGUAAAGAAAGAUUUUUUACAUCGUCAAAACUCAUUGGUACUAUCUCACUGGCUAUAUUUGACUCGCUUUUGAAAAUCAAUGACCUCGACAAGAGACAAGAUUGUUAUGACAAUAUCAUUCUUGUUGGUUCCGUUUUCCAAAUUCCAGGAUUGAAACAAAAAAUUAUUGCAAAAUUAAUUACAGAGUAUUUGGUAACAGAGCCACCAACUGAAACCAACGGAGUUUCUGACCCCAUUGUAAAUCCUGCUAUAAUCAAAUAUCAACAACUAAAUGAGCCAAAUCUAGACGAUGGAGCAGGACUGACUUUGAGCCAAGUACCUAAUAGUAUAAGGCUAGCAAAACUACCAGAUUAUUUCCCUGAGUGGAAAAAGCCAAAAACUUUAGGAGGAUCGUGGCAAGAUUUGUAUUUCCUAGGUGGAGAGAUAUAUGCAAAGCAGAUUUUCUCGGGAGGAUCUCAUCAUCAUAAUAAGGAAUUGUUUGUUGCAAGCGACAUGUAUGAAGAAAGGGGUCCUCAAAGUAUUUGGGAUGUAAGUAUUUGA